CGCUUGAAAGGCAUGGCGGUGCUCUACGCGUCGUGAAGUCUAUUUUUGUGCAUUCCGAGCGCCUUUAGUUUUUUCGAGCUCAAUUAACCGUUGGAAUAGAGAGACUGUAAAUAUAACUGGGUCUCUUUCUCCUGCGUUUGCAGUCGUGCCUUUUUAUUGCGUUUUUGUCGGUUGUCGACGCGUGCGUUACUUUAGUUCUCUCUUAUUUUCGGAUGCAGCUAGUCGACUGAGCCUCAGAACGUUAGGAUUUGCGUAACUGUUCUGAUAGACACCUCCGCGAGACAGCGUUUUACCCGCCACAAAAGCGGCGUUGUGCACUGCCGUUAUCUUUUUCCCCGAGCUGUGAUGGAAACCGAAGUACAAAGAACGGACGAGCUCCUCGUCACCGAAGAAGAACCGCGAGAUGCAAAGACGGUCGUUCCUAAUUUGGACGCAAGCCCAGAGGAUUUGGUGAAGCAGCAGGAAGACACUGCCGCUGAUGACAGCUGCCUAGCUGGGUGCGUUGCAGUGCCUACAGAAGCCGAAGUCGUAGCCAAUGGAGAGGUUUACCCUCCUUGCCCGGACUUACCUGCUGCAGAGGUCUCCGACACUACGGAGUCCCCUGUGGCUGAAGAGAGACCAGAGUCUCCCGUUCCUGAAAAGAAAGCAGAACCGCCUAUUGUGUUCCAGAGGGACCCCGAAGUAAUCAAGCUUAUGAACUCAUUUGGUGGCAAGGCGAAGGAGAUGAAAGCUGCCGUAAUGGAGACGCUGAACACCAGGCUGGCUUCUGGAGACAGCUCGAAUGGGGCCGCUGUGCCGUCGUUUGAGGACGAGGCAGCCAAAAAACUAAGUUUGCUCAAACAGGUCAUUCAGAAGAAUGCAGUGGAAGCCGCCCAGACAUCCAAGUCCGUCGAUCAGGCGGGCACUCCUCCGUCCUCUUCGUCCCCCGUCCCACGAAAAGAACCGUGUGUCACAGCCGCGCGCAAAAGUCCGUCCCCGAUGCCAGAGACAGUGCGGUCCGAGAAGUCGCCGUCUCCUUCCACGGGAUCACCCAAGUGUUGCACCCCGCCCGAGAGCGUUGUCCAUUGCGACAAGAAGGUGGCACAGCCGGCAGCAACCACCGACAAUCCUGUGAGUGGUAACCAGGCGAGGAGCCCGUGCUGUGGCGGCAUGAGACGAUCUCCACUCCGCAAGCUCGGUGCUCAGGAGGCCAACAGCACGGCUGCCGCAAAACGGAAAGGGGAGCGUGCCGUUGAGAAUGUGUUGAAAAUCCUGGAGCCCCACGAGACGGCUGAGGAGAAGCUCGGCGCCCUGUUCCAGCACUACCUGGGCUUCCAGGAAGGCACGUGGCAGCUGCAGGCAGCUGUGCAGAAGGCCGAGCGGCAGGUGCGGCAAUUGUCGAGAGAGAAGGAGCAGCUACAGUCCGACUGCAAUCGGGCCCUGCUGGCAAAGAGCAAGCUGGAAAGCCUUUGCCGCGAACUACAGAAGCAGGCCCGGGCAGUCAAGGACGAGUGCAUGAUGCGCAUUCGGGAUGAGGAGGAGAAGCGCCGAGAAGUGGCCUCCAAGUUCCAGACGACGCUGAUGGACAUCACAGCCGUGCUGGAGGAAAACCAGGCGCGCAGUGUGCAGCUGCGCGAGGAGAACUUCCAACUGGCACAGAGGCUGAAGGGCGUCAUCGACCACUACGACCUCUGGGAGAAGAACAUAGAUGCCGUUCUUCAGCAGAAGGAGUUGCAGGCGCAGGUAGCCACAACACACUUGGCCCGGGCCCAAGCACAGUUGCAAGCCGAGAGGCAGGCAUUCCUUGCAGAGAAACAAAUUGUGCUGAAGCAGGUGUGCGACUCUCAGAGGCAGCAGGAGGAGCUGGCGGCGCGGGAGUCACACCUGCGGGAGGAGCUGUCGUCUCACGCCAGCAAGUACGAGGAGUUCCAGGGGGCACUGGUGCAGAGCAAUCAGCUGUUUCGCACUUUCAAGCAAGACAUGGAGAAGAUGUCCAAGAAGAUUAAGAAGCUGGAGAAGGAAACGGCACAGUGGAAGUCGCGCUGGGAAGCCAGCAAUAAGGCCCUUGCAGACAUCACAGCAGAAAAACACGGCAGAGACAAGGAACUGGUGGCUGCCCAACAGCGGGUCAUCACAUUGGAGAAGCUGUGCCGUGCACUACAGCUAGAAAGAAAUGAGCUCAGCAUGAAGGUCAAGGCACUUGGAGUCGACACUGCCACAGAAGACUCUGGCACUGCAGCGGCUGUGAACGAGUCAACAGAAGGCUAACACAUUUAGUCGGGAAGCAUAGAAGUACAAAGCUGACACAGGCCUUAUCUUCCAUCUUAUACGAUUUUUCAUUGAUUCUAGCUGUCAUGCAAAAGAAAGACAUGAAGCGCUGCAGUCAGGGAUCGAGCACACAAAACGUGGCAGCGUACUUUCGGCCACACACACUAUUUAAGUAUCGCACACUCAAACGAUUAGUAAAUGCACAAGGAUUUCUGGAAAAGAAAUUAAAUGUGUGCCUGUGAUACAGGUGUUUAGAAGAAACA